GUACAACAUCAGCAUCUUCCGGAGGGCGCGCGCAGAGAAACGGGAGGAGGAGGACAGAGAAAACGAGAGAGGGGGAGAGAGAGGGAGAGGAGACACAUUGGAUAAAGGCUACGACAAAAACCGUGAUGAUAAUGGAGGCGAGGCGGUGGAGGAUGUCGGAUUCACGAGAAAGGACAGUUGAAAUCUGACUGAGGGUUCGUGUUCAGACAUUUUCCUCGAUUUUUUUCUUUUUUUAUUCAUUCAUUUUGAUCCCACAUGCUGCGUGGACUCUAAAGGCGAGCAGAGGAGGAGUAGGGGAGCACCCCACGGAUGCCUCGGAAGGUAAAAACGGGGUCCACCGCUGGCGCUACAGGCAACAAGAAGACGCAUCUCAGCUCACGGAUGCUAAUAACUGACAUGCUGAAGAAAGACUGUGGACUGAUGGUUGAGGAUGAAAAACAGCUUUAACCCACCUCCACCCGAGCACUGUGAAAUAAAGAAAACCCUGUUUUGAUGGAUUUUUUACAUCAUUCAUGGUGUAGCCCCAAGGAAACGCGCCUUAGACAGCAAUGUUGAAUCACUGGUCUUGGUAAAUUAUUCAUUAGUGGUGUAGGUAGGCUAUGAUUUUUUUUUGUAUUGCUUCAAUGUAGCAUUUUCUCUCAUUCAUUUUUACAAUGUGUAGUCUUGUGAAACCACAUACAUAUUUGCAGGUGACAUUUUUUUACCGUGUGGUUAUGUAGGCCCAUUUAUUAGCCUUUAAUAAGAAACAGCCAAAGCUGGAGAAAGAAAGCUUUGAUUCAGAACUCAAAAAGAUCACUUCAGUGAAGGGUUGUGGGAUUUUUUUUAAAGAUUUUUUCCCUAUGAGAAUCUAGAAAAAGAAAAGAAAAGAACGUGGGUGGGAAAAGAGAUACGAGAAGAAAAUAACUAGAUAUAAAAAAGACAAAAAAAAUAAAAUAAAAAUAACACCAAACAUGUUGCCUUCCCAAGAAGCCUCCAAGAUUUACCAUGACAAUUACAUGCGCAACUCCCGGGCCAUCGGGGUGCUGUGGGCCAUCUUCACCAUCUGCUUCGCCAUCGUCAACGUGGUGGUGUUCAUCCAGCCCUACUGGAUCGGCGACAGCGUCAACACGCCGCAGGCCGGCUACUUCGGCCUCUUCCACUACUGCGUGGGCACCGGGCCGUCGCCCAGCCGGGAGCUCACCUGCGUGGGCAGCUUCUCCGACUUCAGCUCCAUCCCGUCCGGAGCCUUCAAGGCGGCCUCGGUGUUCAUACUGCUGUCCAUGGUGCUGAUCCUCAGCUGCAUCGCCUGCAUGGCGCUCUUCUUCUUCUGCAACACCUCCACCGUUUACAAGACCUGCGCCUGGAUGCAGCUGCUGUGCGGUAGGCACUUUCUGAUUCACUGAGCGUGGAUUAUUUCCUCUUUUUUUUUAGUCACACAGAUGCAAGACAAGAACACAUAAACACACACAAGCAACCUCACUUAGCAUCGUGUUGUAUCAUCAUGUUUCUCCCCUUUGCAGAGGUGUUUGUGCUGCACAUUUUAAAUGAGGGCAUUCCUCUUUUGAUGGAGCCAUAGGUUGAUCAGUCUCACUGUUUACCCACCUCCACAUCCAACACUGCAGUACUACCUCAGAGUCCUUUAUCUUCCUGCCCCCUCAAGCUACUACAAUCAAUGUAUAGGAUCUAAUUUGCAGGUUAGACUGGAUUAAAUGUAAUAUAUGACGGUAAAAUUAAUCUAAAAGAAAUGGUAAAUAAGAUAUAAUAAGAUAAAUAAGAAAUAUUCUUCACCUCACACAUGGAAAUCCCCACAUCAGUGCACCACCAAACAUCAUUACAGCCUCCUGAGGUCAGUUUAUUGAAUUUCCCAGCUCAUGUUCCUACAGAAACAUCAUGAAAAGAAAACCACGUGACUCUUCGCUUGGGUAGAAAUAAGGUGAAAGGUGUUUGUGCAGCAUUUUACCGUUGUCUGUUCCUCCCUGAAAUCAAUAGUCUAAAUGGUAGGGGUCGUGUCCUGUUGCAGUUAAUUAGGAGCGUAGUACAGAUUCUCCAACCCUGCAAACAAACAGGACGCAGACAGUAGAAACACACACUGCUUAUUAUUCACACACAGAGAGAAAUGAGAGGCCAGAGCUCCCGUCUUAUCAUUGAUAUUCUGAGGAUAUACCAGAGCAUCUGUAAGGAGAGCAGCAGCAGCAGGAGGAUCACAGCUUUAUGCUGAUGAAAUGCAAAUAUCACCCAUUCAUCCAUUUCAGCUCCUCGUAUAGGCUACGCUGAAGAGUGCUGUGCUGGAGUUGUGAAUUCACUCUCCUGUGACUGAGGGCUUACAUUGGGCUAUUUUGAGGGAUGAUUCCAGGUCGAUUGGAUUACUGUUUCCAGGAUGCUGUUGUUUGUCUCCUGCUGUUGUGGGCAGUCACAGUUUGUAGGCGUGAUGUGGGAUAAAUGGUGGCUCCCCAUCACAUCCAGGACAUGCCAGAUUGGUGCUCACUUCAGGGACAGAUGAACUGCUGUAGUUUCUUCAAGACAAAGAGAUCUGUUUCAGGUCUAAAUAGCUGGAUUUGUGCUGAGUAUGAUAGCUUUUGAUAGGGACUCUGAGAAACCAUUUCUACCACUGAAGAAAGUGGUGUGUUCACUGGGAAUCUACCGAAUUGAAAUCAAGAUAUCCUAACAAGAUAUCUUUUUCAAUGUUGUACUGUCCUAAAGGCUGAAAUGCUCAUUAAUUUACUCUCAAUAUCCUUGUCUUUUUCAUGACAGUUUUUUUCUUCUACACAAAGCAGAUGUUGAUUUUUAAUGCUCGUAUUACAGAUUUUGACAACACAAAAUGAUUGCAAUGAAAAAUCAAACAUAAACUUAAUCACAGCCUGUCAGUGAUUGUCAAUCGAUAAUCAAAUCAUUGACUCAGUUCACUCAACCAGCUCAAGUUUCCUUUUUGACAUCAGUGUUUCCUAUUAUCAGGUUAAAGACUGAUAAGUCAACCAAAUCUUCUGCACAAUCCACACGGGAAUGUAAUAAAGUUAAAGAUCUGAUUCAUUGCUGCUACAUGAAGUUGAAUUUUUUAAAAAGUUGUGGUUGAUUUUAGCUAAAUUUUAGUCUUUGAAUGAUGCACUGUCGUAGUCUUAGGAUCAGUUUUCUCAUUUUAGUUCAUGUUUUAUGUUGAACUUUUACUGUCAGUUUUAUGACAGUUUUAAAGAAAAUUUCUCUCGGUUGUAAAAUUUCAUUAGAAAGAAAGAAUUCCUCACUACUUUUUGGUUAUAUUGUGAAAAUGCUUCUCUAACUUCAACUUCCUCUUUGUCAUAGAAUACAGUCCCAUUUCAGCAACACAACUACUGUCUUCACUUCAUGGAGUGACAUUGAACCAAACUAAUGUUUGCAGAGUGACUUCAGAGAAAGAUCAUGAAACAUUGGCUACUUUAGAGGGAGUGGACAUGUGUACUAUUAGGUGGCUCUGUUUUAUCAGUAAUCAGUUAAAUACUGUGGUAUUCCAGUCGUCAAUAGGUGUAGUGUUUAAUUUUGCUACUUUGUCAAAUAGUGCUACAGCAGCGCAAACCAGUACAGACCCAAUUCCACAACAUUGAAAUUACAGAGUGAAUUCACAUUCAUGUCACCACAUCAUACAGCACUGGUAUUGACCUGGGCAGGUACUGCAGGCUGCUACAUUUUCAGGUGUGCUUUAAAGCUCCUGUGAGGAGUUUUCUGCCAUUUAUGAAAUAGACUUAAAUUCAUAUUGAUGCCUCUCUGUGAUACUCAAAAGAAAGCGAGACUAUCAGCAAUGUGACUGACACUUUUUUAAAUUGUAAUAUUGAAUGCCUUGAAGUAGUGUGAGGGGAAGGUGUCAGCCAAAUAAUUAAUUUCUGCAUAAAUUUUCACAAUUAAUAAACAUUAAAGGCCAGAAGGAUAAGAUUUUUGGUCAGAAAACACAAGCAAAGUAUGUAAAGGACAAGAUAAGAACAGAUUUCUUGGUCCACAGGAGGCGCUAAAGUUGACCCAAACAAAAGUUCCUCAAAGGAGCUUUAACAUUAAAGUUUUUUUUCCUGUUUUGUACUUAGGAGACAUUCCGUUCUCCUCAGGAAAAAUACACUCUGUCAUCUCUUUUCAUUUUUAGCAAUGCUAGCAGCCAGCAGGAGCUCAUUUGGGCUUUUGAUUUGAAACCUUACAGAGACCUAGUUUGGACUGUAAAAACAUCUGACAGCAUUAAAAGCGAUAAAUAGAGGCAGUCAGAAUUUGUAACGCCACAUUUCUUGCAGAAAACAAUCUUCAUAUUUACCCUUUUUGUCUUUAUUUGCAAAAAGAAAUGGACAGAGUGAUCACUCAAUGCUAAUCUAUGGUGACAGAAUUUCAUCAGGCCAAGUGAGCAAAAUUUCUGUGUCAGCAAAACCUUUGAGCAGUGAGAGCACCGAGGAACUCUCUGUAGAAACAACAAAAUCAUGAUCUCUUUCAUACGCACAUUACUAGCAUACCUCCUGUGCACAUCCCACUUCUUUAUAAGCUGAUCAAUGUGAUAAAUAGGCCAGGCAAGACUGGCGUGGGAGUCCGUUUUCUGUACAGAAACAGUCAGCAUACUGACUGAGAGAGCGAAAGAGAGAGAGAUCAGCACUUUUUUUUCCUUCUGUAUUGUUCUUUCCUUCAUCCUCAUCUGCCCACUCUGUGCUCUAUUCUGCCGACUGUGUUGAAAAGGUUUGCUGCUCUACAAUCAGCACGAAUCGGACAGAAUAGCAGAGGUACAGAUUUUUAGAAAUCUUCAUGACUAAACAGGAACUGAACCUGGGUCUUUGCAGGAACCAUUAAUCAAGUGAAACAUUAGUGAGGAGCUGCGGUGGAAGGAUUUUAAGUCUUUUUUUUUUUCUUUUAGAAGGUGAGAAAUCUCUGUCGUAGGGAAAAGAUUCUCUCCUGUGAUUGUGAAGAGGCAUUAACAGGGAAAUGUACCAGGAGAGUCUGGACUGAAAGUACUUGGAUACAAUAUUUAUACAGAACAUAAUUGGGUAAUAUGUGAAUACCGUUAUUUACUUUUUAAGCGGCAUUUUUGCUUGUUUUUCCACAUUUCAAACACACUUCUGUAGUUUGGUCUAUUAGGUGCAUGGUGACAAUCUUAUGACAACUCUACCCCCUAGUGAAACUAUAAACCUCACAAUGUCCUGGCUAAAAAAGAGGAAAACCUGGCUUUGAUUCUCCACUGAUUGGGAUAUCUUUCUUCUGAGUUAACAAUCUAAAACCUUUGUUUCCAGACUUGUUAAAUGUAUUAUUCUGUCUGUAUUCUUUGUUCUAGCUUUACUCCUACACUGCAUAAAACUGUCCUCUCGUUCUUAUCCCCCCUACUGUAUUUACAAAUUUGUGUUGCCCUGUCAUUUUGGAGGACUUGCCAAAGUUUGUGAAACUUCACAAGGUUUUGCCGUCCUUCCAGCGGGGGUGUGUGUGUUGUGUGGCGGUGGGUGGUUGUCUAAUAAGCUUGGCGGUCAGCCUAAUGCUCUUCACCACCUUGGAGAUGAUCAUUUAAUCAUCCACUCUGCCCUGCUGGGUGGAGCUCUCCUGGCACCGCACAGUGACAGUGAAUGUACCACAGCAAAUACAGCACAGGCCAACUGAACCGCUGGGGGCCCAGAGUCAGGCCAAACAGACUAAAUGUGUCAAUUACAGAGCAGUUUGGACCCUAAGCGUGAUGAUUUGUUUGCAUGUUGCUGCAAUGGGAAGGAAAAACCUGCAUUUGCGAAAGCAUACUAUCAGUUUUCUAACAGUUUGUUGACUUAUUAUGAGAAGGUGACUCUUGAGAUUAAAAAAUGUGCAGAUAUUUGUCUUUUGCAUAUGCAAGUACAUUAGUUUCUUCAUAAAUGUUAACACAUGUGAGUUAUGUAAAAGACAUACCACCUGGGUCCUUGUUAAACCUUAACCAAAAUUUUCUCACUAAAUUUUACGAGAACAGUUUCAUAAAAGAACUUUACCAAGUGAUUUUACUACACGACUAAAUGACAACACAGUGCUGGUGCAAAAAGUAAAAUUUUACAGCAGGAUCAAACCUAUAGAGAGUAUUGUAAAACUUGGCAAAAAAAAAAAAAAUACACUUUAAACACCUUUUUUUUUUUGUCAUCUAAAAAGUGAGCUUUGUAGACCAGUGUGUAAAAAUGGCACACCAAGAAGUAAUUGGCCACUUCAGGGGGCAAAGCAUGCUGGUACAUAAAGAAGUAAAGUGGGCAUGCGAUACAACUUUUCAACGACUUUUUCCCCUCAUUAUAAAAUAAUCAUAUUUUAAAGAAAAGGGUGGUAUUCUGUUAGCUAGACAAACCCUGUGGAGUGCAGUUUGGUGAUAAAACUUUGUCGCCAGUCGGCUAGGCCUCCUCCUCCUCCACUGUCUCCAGCAUGGCCCAAAGUUAGCCAGAGUCACAAUUGUCAGUGUGGUGACUGCCACCUUUGGGGUGAAUAACACAUGACUAAAAUUGGCUGUUUUAUAUAGUCUACAGCGUUACCUGACACUACAAAGUUAGCUAGAUUAUCAUCUGUUGUGUGCAGGGCUGCUGACUGAGCUGCAGUAUUUCAUGAGCUAAUCAGGAGUAUCUGUUGACAUUAAACUGUAACUUUACUUGUUUACUAGAUAAAACUUUUCCAGUCUUGGGCCCCUGGAGCUCAUUGGUUUGGUGAAGGUCAAAUAAAAUGAAACAAAGGCCAAAAGAUUGAGAUCCUGGACUCUUGGCAGAGCAGUGAUACAGCAUGUCUUGGUGUCUAUGAGCUGAAAAUGAGCCAAAAUGGCCUCAAAGUUUACUGAACUGACUAAAUGUGAAUUAGGUUAAUGCCCUUCAAAAUGCACCUCUCAUAAUAUUUGGCAAUAAAAAGUGACUGUUCCUUCCAAGAGAGCAAGAUGAAGCUUUACUGGCUCGGACACAACGUGCUAUUGGCCCAGAGUCUGCAAAGAAAUGAAUGCACCAGUGGAUUUGCAAACAUGCUGCACUUCUGUGAUGUUGCUGGUCGAUAUCCAAGAGGAACUGACUGCAAAAACUAGACUUAGCAACAUGUUUGUUACCUCGUUUCAACAGGAGAGAUCCACUCUUUUGUGUACAUAAAUGUCCACAAGUUGUGAAUUAGUUGUAAAAUGUUUCCAGUGUUGGACAAAAUGUACCUUGGGAGUAUUGUGCCUUGUCGAGACAGCUGUGUCUCAUUACUUGUUGCCCAGAGUGGAUUUAGUCUGCCUGUUUUCCUACUCCAUGUAUCUAUGUGGUUUAGCUGAGUGACUUUGGAAGGGUUAAGGGUCAGGAAUUACCCAAGAUAAGACGAGAACUUGCAUAGGUUUGACCAACAGCUUCAUGCUAAUACAUCACUGACUCUCUAUAAUCCUAGAGUUACAGCAUACCCAGAUGAAUAAUGGGGUCAUUUUUCACUUUGAACCCAGACAAAGCAGCACUUCUUCCCUGUGUGAAAAUUACAGGAGGAGGGCUAGAUUUCCCCAAAGCCUUGCAGGUCUGUGAGGAACUCGCUGCUCACACCUUUACUCAGAAUUAGAUUAAUUCAGCGUAAAAUGCUUCUGGGAAAACCAGGUGUUUUACUAUUAAUUCACCUUUUUCAGCAGAAAUAGAUUUAGUGCUGUGAGCUCAGAGGAAAUUCAGACAAGAUUGGAGUUUUUCCAUUUGAAAUGACCAUCAUUUCCCUCUGCUAUCCCUCUCUAGGUUGAUAUCGUUUUUCUUUAAUCCCUGCAGCAACAUGUAGGUACUGUAGUUUUUUUUUUUUUUUUUUUUAGUGGUGCUGUUGCAGCUUGAUGACUUUUCCCGCCUCUCCUACAUCAGCUCAUGUUUCCGUCCCUCCUUCUUGUCUCUGUCUGUUGCAAUAUUAAACAGAACUAAGCAGGACAUGGGCUGGGGCUCAAGGGAGGAGCUGUCCUGGGAGAAACAACCUGUCAGCAGCUGCCCUAUCUUACUGUGUGUGUGUGUGCGUGCGUGUGUGCAUGUGGUAAAUGGACUGCACUCACACAGCUCCUUGCUUGACUUUUAACCACUCAGAGUACUUCCACUCCACAUGUCGACGCUCACCCUUUAACCCUCAUUCAUACACAGGUGGAAAGGUGUCCAAACAAGGUGAUUUUUCCACUCUGACGUUUGUACCAGAGUGGGAUUAAAAUUCAAUUGCACAUAUUCAACCACAUGGCUGGGACUUAAGGAGCAAUCCGAGGUUCAGGGUUCAGCCUGUGACCCUCAAGUACGCAGACUAAAGAUGCCUCAGAUCUCCUGAAUUGUACGUGUCUGGAUUUCUAUGAUGCCUUUUGGUCUGAUUUCUUUCCAGUAUCUCUGGUAAACUGGUAGUGCUGGUGAGUAAUGCUGGGUGGGUUGAUCCUGAUGUGGGUGUUUCAUAAAUUUAAUUCUCUGUUCAGCUUUAUCUUCUGCAGUAACACCUGUAUUAUUACAGACAGGAGAGUCAUGACAGCAGGCCCAAACUGUCAGACUGCAUCAUCACGGUUUUUGUGAUUUUUUUACUGAAAGGUGGAAAUGACAGGGAGUCAUUUAUGAGGGGCAGUCAUUUAAAAUUAAGAAGUUGACUAGUUCCUGUGACCUUUAUCACAUCUUCAACAUGUAUUUUUUCAUCGUUUUGUACCAACACCUGGAAAAAAUAGCGGUGUUUGCUGUUAAAAGUGCAAGUUGCAGUGCUGUGAGAUUCAGAGCUGGAGAAAAAUGCAGACUAGUGCAGCUGGCAGAGAGUUUCAGGUUGACCUUCUAUAUAAAAAAAGAAAGAAAUUCAGUUCAAACUGUACCAAGUAAAACCAGCAUGUCUCGGUCACAUUAAUACAUAUGUUAGUUACAACAACAAUGCACAGUCAUCAAAUGGGUCUUUUCCUCUCCUUAUGUUUAUAUUUGCAAACAGGGGCUGCUCAAAUCAUCUGCAAAUGGUUAUUAGUGGCUAUGAAAUACAGUGACCAUCCCUGAAUCUGGUCAGAUCAUAUAGGUGUCAGCACCAAUCAUUUACUUACAUCCUUUUUUAUUCCUACAGACUCAAUUAAUAGCUGCCAAAACAAAUUAUUUUGAUGGUUGGACUCGUACAUUGGCCCUCUCUAUCCAAGCUCAGUGUUGGCUCCAUGCAAAUAACUCAGAUCUUUACAUGGUGACUGUGAUUUCUCAUCAAAACAUCUCACUUCACUUUAUAUAAGCAAAACUGACCAAGGGCUCUAUUUUCGUUCGCGCCGGUGAGGCGGCGGAGGGCGGCGAGCCCCGCGCAGUUGUAUUUUCGUCUGGCGAGUUUGGUAUUUUCGUGGACUGAGUCGCAUUUUGGUAGACCGGCGGUGUAUCGACAUACGUCACUGAUGCCUCACCGGCAGGUUUCCACAGUGUCAGGCAGAUUUCAGUGCAAUAAAUAAUCAUCAACAACUAUUAAUCUGAGUCAGCACAUAUAUUUAGAUCUAUAUCGAUAUAUUCUGAUCUAUAUCUGAUCUGAUGAGCGCGUUUGGCACGCGUUUGGCACGCGUUUGGGCACACAACCUGACCGAAUCAACACAGCUGAAACUGCAUCAAAUUAAAUUAAAUAUCUAGUAAAUAAACACACAUGAUGAAGUUAACUAGAUAUGUAAUUCGUCUCCCUCCUUUUCUUUCUUCCUCUUAUUUCUCGCACAGCUCGACCUGGACACGUCUCCGUGUCCUCUGUCUGUCUUGCUUGCUGCUGCGGCUGAACAGAUGAUUUGUUUCAGUGCUCAGAUGCGUUAUCUACUUUAAGCCGACAUACGAAUAUUAUAAUAUUCAGUUUUGUGCGCCAAAUUUAUUUUAUAUGCCAACAUCUAUGAAAGAAAGAGCCAGGCCACGGAGUGCGAUGCGUCAUUUACGCACAGAUGGUUCUGAUUUUAAAGCCAUUUUUGGAGUUUAUGUUGUGAUCUGUGCGCUAAACCCACCUUUGUCACGUGAGGUUUGAAUAUAUGCAACUUUAUGUGAGUGUCUUUAUUUGUGGAAAAGGGUGUUUGUCUUACCUGUGGGUCCAACAUUACACACACCAAAUCUAUCUGUGCUCAGAUGAGAGAGUGUGGAGGACACUUGUUGAGCAGCUGCCCUCUGUCGCCAUCGUGUGGCAUAACUGUCUUCAGACAUCUCUCGAUCUCUUUGACUACUUCAUGAAAAUAGUAAUACGCCUCGCCGGUGGCGGAUUUAAAGGCAAGGAGAGGAGCUUAUGUGAUUGGUGAAAACAGGUCUUGGCUGUGUUAAAUCUACUACACGCCCUCUCUCCUCCCCGUCUACGACUUAUGCUGCUGGGAGGAGCUGAGUUAGGGAGGGGGGAUACUUACGCCGGGCUGCGCGGCUCACCAAAAUACCAAAAUGUGCUUGGGAACACCUUGUCAGCGCGGCGGAUCUGAUUGACGCUGCGCUUGCGGCAGAUCUCCGGCGAGGCACCAAAAUAGAGCCCCAAGUUUUUGUUCAUGUUUAUUUGCGAAGCUUUUCUUGUUGCACGAUAUUGCAAGUUUGUUUGUUCAUAUUUGCACAAAACAUACUUUUAUUAUAUUAUUUUAUAAUUUUUUUUGUGCAGUUUCAUGAACUUAAGCUACUAUUUUUGCAGGAUGCAUCAAAAUCAGAUGUUCGUAGUAAUGCCUCAUUGCCUCAGCUACCUUUUAUUGGCCAUCUCUGUGUCUCCUCAAGCAUAUGAACAUGCCUUCAAACUGAAACAAAGUUUCCCAGAUAACACUAAAAAUGCACAUUUGGUUCAUAAAUGGCACGAGAUAGACAGCAGAUUGUGGGGAAAAAUGCAACUGUUAUAUUGAGAGCAUAUUUUCAUUAAUAUUCACAUCCAUAUGUCUCACUAUUAGCUAACUCUGCCAGACUAGAUGCCCUCAGAGCAGCUCUGUCUCCAGCGGAUGUUGCAGAAUCAAACUGGUUCAAAUCUGCUUGAAUGUGACCUUUAGCUGCACCCUGGGCGCAGCCUAUGUGUAUACUUGAAAAGUCAAGGCAGGCAGAGCAGCAGCAAAGACACCAUAGCUAGCAUUGGUGACAAUGAGACUGGUAAAAAUCAGGCAGAGCACAAAGAGGAGAAGCUGUGGAGGAAAGCAGCAAAGAAGGUGGGCUGAAGCGGCUUUGAUUGAGCUCUUGGAUGUGGGAGCUGAGCUGUCAGUUGAUACAGGCUGGUUUUGGGAUCAGUUGAUGUACUUUAAGGUGAGCCUGACGCCAUGACCUGCCUGGACCAUAGACCGUAUGUAAUAGAUGUCUUCUGCCUGCACACUGUUUGAGCGGAGCGUAAUCACAGUCCUGCCGAACGCUACUGCGCAAAUGCUAGUUUCAGAAAAUGGAGAAAAUCAUGAAAAUACUGAAAGCAAUUUGUCUUCAAAUUUGUAAAAUGCCAGUAGGCGAAAAAUCGUAUACAGUCCAUGGUCUGAAAUAACUCUACAUUCACUAAUACACCAUUAAAUCUGGUUGUGCGCAUUUCAAAGAGCCUUUUGUCAAGAUUGAGGUAUGAUUCGUGCAUCAUUUAUUCUAAACCUUAAAAAUUCAGGUAUUUACUCUCUUCAAUGCUCUUUCACUCAUUUACAAACGUACAUUUCUGCAGAGCAGCAGCGCCUACUUUUGUGAAUUAUUUCUUGUACUGCAACAGUGAAGCAACUGAGGCAACAAACAGUGUGUGUGUGAUUGUGUGUGUGUGUGUGUGUGAGAGAGAGAGGAGAAACAGAAUGGGAGUGAAACACAGCAAGUGAAUGAAUUUGUGCGCUCAUCCUCAUCCAUGCUCCUCCUCCUCCUCUUUUGUGUGUGUGAGAGUGUGUUUCAGUCUCGGUGUCUGCGUGGCCACACAUGCGUCUGUUCACGUGAGCGUGUCUAACAGCGGGUAAAUGUGUAUUUGAUGGUGUGAGGCUUGAAUUAUUAACAAGAGCGUUUUCUUCCUCUGCUCUGGAGCUGCACCAAUGUUUUCCUUUAUUUAUUAAUUCUUUUAUUGCCACACUAGUAAAUGUGUAGACUGUGUGAGUGUUUUUGUGUGUGCAUACAUGUGUGCAGCUUCAUAUUGUGGUGAUGCACAUAAAUGCACAUAUGUAGAUGGAUGCACACAUGCAUGUGUUUCCAGCUGAGAUAAAUAGAUGCUGCAGUGGUCGAGUUAAAUAUAGCAGAACAGAGAGAAAGAGAAGGGGGGGAGAAGAGUUUCCCUGGGGGAUAUCCCUGCCCCUCUCUCCCUCCCUGUGCCCCCCAUUCCCACCCCCUCUCUGAGAUUUCUGGUUGGCGUUUUCCGACCAAACGUACAUGUUUUAAUUAUCAGGCACUUAAUAAAUAAUUCCAAAGUCAGCGGGGUGUUUCUAAAAAUAUCCUGACGGCUGAAUAAUGGAUUCCUUUGACCCUUCUCAGCAUUGUCACUCCGCUGCAUGUGUUUGAGGGUGUAUGUUGAAGUGUGUAUGAGUGCAGAAAUAAAGCAGCAGAAAGAGGGAGGAAGCCCCUGAAGCUUGUUGAUAAGACGAGGACGUAACAGGAAAAAUGGAAAUUCCCACUGUAUGCAUCAUUCAUGCUCCUCAUCAAUGAGUAAUCUUUGCUGAACAACAUUUUAACCAGCGUUUAAAAAGGAUGCAGUCUUCAUCCCCUCACUGAGUGCAGACUUUUUUGAAUCCACGUUUUUUUUCAUGUAUUUGCAAUGAUGAAGUAGUCAUAUAAACAGCAAAAUCUGAUACGAUUUAUCAGAUAAAGCGGAUACAGGAUCAUUUAAAAUCAGAUCAAAUGUCUAGUAUAGUUUUAAUGCAUUUAUAUAGUAUAAUCGAGUUUCUUUUAUUCUAUUACAUCUGUGUGUGAAUAAAGAAAGCAAGAAGUAGAAAAGAAAGAGAAGAAGACCACAAAGAAAAAAUGGCAACUACUCAAGCCUAAAUGUGCCGCAAAGAGCCAUUUACAAUAUGAAAGAGCUGGUCCAUACCAAGCUAAAUGAUCUGAAUCACUGAGGAGAGUCUAAAAUCACUGGGAGUGUUCACACUGAGAAAGAAGGAUUCACACACUAAUGGGAAGACGCACCACAGCCAACUUGAGCAUGAAAAUUUCACUAUGUAGAUUUUUAAUAAUCUAGAACGUAAUGAACAAAAUGUAAUUAGUUUUACUGAACCUGGAUCGUGAGGAGCCUCAGUGUUGCAACAGCAGCCAAGCAUAUCCCACUCACUCACUCACUCACUCACUCACUCACUCACUCACUCACUCACUCACUCACUCACUCACUCACUCACUCACUCACUCACUCACUCACUCACUCACUCACUCACUCACUCACUCACUCACUCACUCACUCACACUACAGUAAAUAGAGAACCAAAUUUAUUCCCCUUACCUUACAAUGGUAAAAAUGUUUAAACCAAUCAAUGUGUUUCUAACAGUAUGCAUCCCCUGUCUGAUAGGAUGCAAAAAUGCACCAUCAGGUUGGUUUGCACACGGCCAAUAAACCUGAGAUGAUGAAAAAGUACAUCCCAACUAAUAUAGCUGUAUGUUUUCUAUUUGUACUCACUGACUGGACAUUUAGUAUUUAAAAGCCUGAGAGUCAUUUGAGAUUAGGGACUGCUCCCUACAGUCAGGGAUCUUGAGUUGUGUGGUUGUCUUCUGGUAUAUUUGGUCCUUUUCUGAUCUUUGUUUAAUGAUCUAAUUUGUUGCGGCUUUAUAAUAACAAAUCCCACAGAUGUUUUAAGACAUUUUAGUGUUUUUAUAUCAGGUUAUUCGUUGAUAGUUGUAAACACCAAUCCUUAUGGAUUGAGCUCAUCAGAGAUCCAGCUUCCAUGUGGUUAGGUAAAUGCAUUUUCCUCAUUUUGUAACUCAUUUUGAGCUUGGUGGACUUCUGUUUUAUAAAUGAAAAGAAUCUAAAGUUGGCGUAUAUUUGCAGACAGAGAUGUAGCGCCAUUUGACAGUAAAAGAUGACUGAUUUAACAGCACGUGUUCAGGUUUGGAAAAGUCUAGUUUCAGCACUGCUUCAGAGCGAUCCUCUCUCUUGUUAUGAAUUAGGCAGAUCAGAGAAUCACAAAAAAAAAACUGCUCCAGAGAGAAAAAUCAUGCUUGUGCUUGUGUGAUGACACAUUAUAUGGUUAUGUGCAAGCCUCUGUUCGCCUGCCAAUCCUCUCUCCAGAUUCAGGACUCGUGCCAGUAACUGACUCUACAGCCAGUGAAGGACACAGUGAUGGAUGAGGGGAAGAUAAAGGGUGAGGAAGAGGAAGAGAUCUGAGAUUUUAAACAGCAGAACACAACUCUUGAAAAAAUAUGAACAAUUUCAAGAAUUUGUUCCAAAGAGAGAAGUAAAGUCGUGAUGGAGAGAGUAUCGCACCUAGCCUACCUCCCUCUGUUAAAUUUGAUCGAUACGAAACAUAUAAGUCGCAAAAGCUGAGACCUUACAGUAUGUAAAUGUGAAGAGAGGGAUAAAAAGAAAUGAAAGCUGCACACCAAGUGUGCCAGUAAACCUCAGCUGCGACUACAUCCUCAAAAAUGCACCCUCAGCAUUAUGCACACUCUGUUUCAUACACACUCACACAUAACCGGCUUGAUCCGAACUCCAAUAAAAGCACUGUACAUCAGCGAGAAUGCUGUCCAUUAGAUAGAUGGAGGACAGCAGGCCAAGGUCUAGACACAGUAGCAGAGGGGAGGGCAGAGCUCAGACAGCUUUAUUAAAUCAUAGACCUGACAGAGUGAUCUCUUAAUGCAGCCGUGUUCACACCUUUACACCCUGUGUUGGACUUCAAAGUGCAUGAGCUCACUUGCAGGAAGGUCACUAGUUCUCUUGGCGGUUAUGAUUUCGUUAUAGAUGCUAAAAAAAGGCAAGGGACAUGCAAAAAACCCUGAAAAUUAACCUCUGGAAUUGGUUAGUCAUUAAAAUGAUGUGAUAAGUUGACAGGGUCUGCAGUUUCCAAAACAGAGAACACUGGUGGGUUUAUCAAGCUGCAGGUACCAUUGUUUCAGACUGCUAACAGGUGUAACACGAACUUUAAGAGGAGCACACAACCAUCAUGCACUUAGCUAAUAAGCAACAAAUGGACCCCUUUCAUUUAACUUACCCCAGAGUUUUGAUCUUGUAGCCUUGGUCGAGUAACAUUAAUGCCACGAUUGUACCCACUGAGCAUUUUUUGGUCUAAAAGAGGUCUAAUAGAUGUCUAAAUGUAGCCUAGACGACUGGUUUAUCUGGCUACCACAGGUCUAAAAAUGAAAGUUUUUUUAGACGUCCAAAUUUAGACCAAGUUUAGACUAAAUCUUAAUCUAGGCUAUAUCUAUACUACACUGUAUAUUGCUUAAUGGCUAUCAUAAUCAUUUGGUUAAGUACUUGGAAAUCAGUUAUGCAAUUCACAGUUGCUUUUUGAAAUAAAUAGUUAUUGAAUAACGGGUUCAUGUGCAACAUCUAAAUUUCAUCUAAAAAUAUACAGAAUCUAGACGGUUGAAAUUAAGUCUAAAAAAAAAACUCGACGUCUAUUGCACAGUGGGAUAGUUACAGUCAUAGACAACUGUAUAUUUGCUAAAUUGAAUCAACAAGUUUUUUCGUAACUGCCUCCAAAAACAGCACUUAAUUUAAAGGCAUUGAAUGGAAAGAAAACUGGGGUUUUUACUUACUCAUCUCUUCCCAAACUAUCACUGACUCUUGUGUCUCAAUGAUAAGAAAAUCUGACUUUCUCCGCACAAAUCUUAGAAUAAAUAAAGCCUGAAGAAAACCUACCAUUUGAGUGAAAAGUGGAAAAAAACUCAGAGGUGUUGGUCUUUUUGGUUCAGGGUUCAAGGUUGGCGCAACAGCUGGCAGGAUUUAUUUGGUUUCACACCAAUCUGCAUCAUUCAGUAUCAAUUAUAACCGAUACCCAAUAACCAAAUUUUAUUGUUUACAAACAAAAUUAUUUCUGUUGAUGAACAAAAAACUAUGUCUCGCCUGGACCACAAGACUGGUCACCUCUACCCUCUUUACAUCCUGCAGUUUCAGACCCCAGAUCUGUCAGCUACUAGCUCAAACCAACUGAACCCUCAGCAGCUUUAAAGGGAUAUUCCCGUGUAAAAUUAAGUUAGGAUCAAAAACACCCUAACAUCGAGUUACCCCCUCCACACCCCCUCGAGAGAUGAAUGUUGUUGACCGCUUGUUAUACCAACUUUAGUAACGACUGCAAAAUAGCAAUACACAGCGGUCUACAUCUCCACACACAAACCGCAACCAAAAAGCCACUCUAUAGCCACAAAAAAUGCUCAGAACAGCACCUAACUUCAUCAACAGUACAUAAAGGGUCCCAGCCAUAGUACUAGCCAUCAAACAUCUUUUUAGCUUUGCCUGAUUUCUUUAGCAAAGAGACUAAACACAAUUUACCCACUCUCCUCCAGCAGCCGCUUGUUUGUGGGUGAGUCCUGACGAGUCGAUCACCGAGUCCAGCGGAUCAUUUCCUUUAAGUAAUAAUCAUCAUAAUAAUCAUUUUGCACUGCAGACGCAGUAGUUCUUCUGCCUUAGCGUCGGAUUGCAUUUCCAUGAAGUAAUGACCAUAAAUGUUCUUCCUUGAGCUGGGAAACUCCGCUGCACUCAGUGAUCGACUUGUCAGGGCUCCCCCCACAAACAAGUCUCUUUGCUUUUUGGUUGAGGUUUAUGUGUGGAGUGGUAGACCACUGUGUAUUGUUUUUGUGUCAUCGUUACUAAAGUUGGUAUAACUAGAGAAGCAAGCAGUCGGCAACAUUCAUUUCAAGAGAGGGUGUCUAACUCGGUGUUAUGGUGGGUUUGACUGUGACUUAAUUUUACACCGGAAUAUCCCUUUAAUGCUCAAUGCUUUCACACUGAUGCCUUCACCUUGGCUCCUCAUGCCCUGCAAAACAACAACGAAUCACAAGGGUGUUAGCGCCAACGACAACCAAGCAGCCCAAGUGAUGAUGGAUGUAACACCAUAAUGGGCCUACUGAGUCUCUAUGUGCAUUAUUGAUUCAACCAUCUCUGUAUUUUCAGUUUGACUUUUUGAGCAAUAGUUGUGCUCAUGGGCGUUUAUAUGCAUUGCUCUGUGCGUGCACCGCGUGUUAAAACAUCUGAAUGGACUGUGUGCUCUCCAUGCAGCCAUUAAGAACUCCUGUCACAGCACAUGACUCUGUGCUGGAGUCGGUCAUGGCAGCUGCUGAGGAGGAACGCUAGAGCCCUGAGCAGCUCCCUUCAAAAAUACUUCACUCACACACACACACACACACUCAUUCACACACACUUAUAUAUAGCACAGUGAUGGUAUUUUUGGAGCUCUUAUGUAAUCAUUUUUGGCUGUUUGUCUAGAAGGAAAAAAGAAUCUGUGUGGACUUGCAGAUGAAACAGUCUGACAAAAUUCUUAUGUAAUGCAUCUAUAAAUAUCCUCAGGGUGCUAUAAAUAAAUUGGUUCACAUUAAUUUGAACUAGUUGGAUCAGAAACGUGUUCUGGCAGCAUGUGACUGAAUGUUUUCACGGGUUUGAUCUGCUUAUUUCAAACAGCUGAUUGGCUGCGAACACUGCAGUGAAAGAAACAACAAAAAGUGAUGAAGUGAGAUGAGAAAAACAACAAAAUGGAGCAGAGAGGCAGCAGCUCUCUUUCUUCUUCUUGUUUUUCUCUCAUUCUUCGGCUCCCUCCCCUCCUCCUCUCCGUCUUCGAUCCUUCUGCUCGCCUCCUUUGAAGUUCCUCCCUCCGUGUUCAGAACGUGGUGUCUCGAGAGCGUGGAGGGGAGGAGGGAAGAGGAAACACCCCCAACAACAUCAAAAGGCUUUCCUGGGUUGUGGGAAGGUAGCGACUAUAUUUAGCUCUCUGGUGUCCACUUAAAUACUCGAGUUGAGGCUGAAGGAGAAAGAGAGGAGAGGACACAGAGAGAUCAAGUCCAUCGGCUGUUACUGUCACACUUCAGCGGACAAACAAAAGGUUUGCUGCAGUUUGCCACAAGAUGCAGUUUGUAAGUAAUGAUCAAAGGUGUAUUGCAGAUCAGUGCAGCGUGCAGGCCCAUGUGAAUGCAAGGAUAUGAAACACUGAUUUCAAUAAUGAUGCUCCUUUAUGACAGAAAAACCAAAAGAGACCAUGAGCAUCAAUAUUUUUUCAUUUCUACAAAGAUACUUUAAAAGUCUGAUACUGCCUCCUUUGGGUGGGCGUCAGACGAGACUAUUUACAGCACAAUGAAGAAACAGCAGGGUGCUGGGGGCAACUUUUCAAGUCUGCUGUUUCUGCGGACAAGCAGAAGAGAAUAUAUGGAUGGAUUGUGGAUGAACAGACUACAGGGCUUCUCUGUUACGGCAAAAAUCACAAGCACAAUUAUUGCUAUUGAGCUCAACUUAUUUUUAUGGUAACACUCACUUACCAGACUUGUGGUAGAGUAAGAAUUUUACUGUUAUUGAAUAUGAAAGGAUCUGAGCAUUUUCACCAUUUACAUUUCAUCAAAGGUUGCAGGUCAAACAUAACAUUAAGCACUUUCAAAUUAUAGUGAUUGAUAUCACUGUUUAACCUGCCAAUUGUACACUGACACUCCAGAAUGUCAUGCUUUUGCUGUCCCUUUGCUUUUCAGGCAUGCUGACACACUUAAUCCUCUUGGCCCACUGUAAGAUCCGCUACUUUUUAGCACCUCCAGACUUUGCUGCACACACAGACUUUAUAAUAACUGGACAUAAUGCCAGUGACAUCUCCGAUUUGUUCUCAAGUUGCCAUAUUAGAAGCUCUGACUCAACCUUACUUUCAGUCAGUUUACUGAGGUGCGCUUAUAGCCUCUUUGCCUAUGACUACAGUAUGCCCAUCAGUCAGUCAAGUCAGCAAUGCCUCUGAUUCGCCAAUCUUGUUACUUUAAUGUCUUUGAAAUAGAUGCAUUUCUAAAAAAUUCAAACCAAGCUUUAAACACGUUUAUUAUUGCUCUAAAAAUUAGUGUGCAUGAACUCUUUGGUGCUUCUGCAGACAGCCUCAAGUGGACAAUCUGGGAACUGCAGGUUUUUAUCAUCUUCAUUUCUUGAGACCGGAGGUUGCUGCUUGAUGGACACUGAUAAAAGCUGCAUGGGGGGGGGUAUUUCUACGAUCGUGUACGAUCAUUUGUACACGAUACAAAUGAGCAACACGAAGCAGGUGGCACGACAUAACUCAGUCGAUCAUAUGGUAAUUGUUUUCGUCAACUGCAUUGAUGUAAGGGUUCUGUUUGGUGUCCUAUUGGAUUAUCUUCUAGCCCACAUUACAAGCUAAACCAGGGGCCAUAGCUCGGAAAUUAGAACUGACUUGAGUUGUAAUCAUUAUUCUAUAAUAAUAUCAUGGAGACAGUCAAUUUAAUUUAGAUUUUUAUAUUUUGUCAGGUAAUCACAAACAGUCUCUACCUAAACACAUAGGACGAGCUAAGUAUUCGAUGAGAAAAUGAUCUUUAAUGAGCUGCUAAGAGGCAUAUUUUUCCUGUCGAAAUUUUUGGAGUCACUCAACAACCAGCUGGGGAAACAUCCAUCAAAAACCCAUAAAACACGUUACCUGAUGCUCAUUACUCAGUUAAUGAUUUCACCAUCUCUCAUCUGUGUUCAUAUCUUGUACAGGUCAUAAAAGAAGCUAAUAACAUGAUGAUUUCCCCUGACGAUUCCUUCCAUUGCUCUUCUAUUGUCUCAUUAGUUACUGUAUGAGCGUCAUUAGAGUUUCUCUCAUUAUACUCUCUCAUUACGCCUGCAAUCAUUUUGCCAGAGGAGGGGUCACAUUUUCAAACAGUGAAAUCAGACUCCUCAUAUGUGCAGAGUUUUCUGCUUUGCACUGAGAGGCGGUGACUAAUAUGAUAUCCUCCAUGAGUUCACCACCCACCAUCUUUACAUGAUGGAUGGCUGAUGGCUGAAACACGGGUCCUCAGAGGGAAUCUCUGAUGUGACAGGGUUCAACCGAAUGACUAAUGGACUUCACUUUGGUACAGUCUGAUCACUUACCUCAAACUCUGCAUGCACAAUGUUUUCCAUCUGUUAUUUUGGAUUAAUUUAUCUUUGAACCUUCUGCAAAAGAUUCAUUGCAUGGUUAGUUUCUUUUUCAGUUUACUAGGCUUCAACAUAAAGUCACUUUUCCUUGUUUUAGAAAUGGAGCUACUGUCAUGUAAUUACGCAACUUAUCAGCUCCCUAUAUCAUGUUUUGAUAUAUUAAGUGCUGUUAAAACAAAAUUCAACCAGCACCACUGCAGAGGGCAUUUUGUUUCAUCAAAAUACCUGUGAGGUCUAGCUGCAGCUUCUUUGAAAAACCAAGCAGGACUUCUUGCUGUCUUCAUGGGAUUUUACUAAUGAAAAAGAAUGCUACAAUACAAUAAAACAAUGACAACUAACAGUACAUAAAACAAACUGUCCAUUUUACGUUUUUUAACUGAUCCCUUUUCUUCUUCUUCUACAGUUCGAACUUUGACCUCCUCUAAACUGACAUGUAAACAAACAGAAUGAAAUGGUUAACAUUACAUAUCAGUUAUAUAUGAAAUCAUGUAUGAAAUUAACUUUAUUUUAAAUCUGUAUUUUAAUAUCAUCCAUCUAGUAUUUAAACUAUCAGAUAUAAAUUAUGAAAUACAAUUUAUAAGUACGUAAUGUUUUCUAAAUAAAUAAUCAUGAACAAAGGAUACAACAAUAGUGUGAAUGGAUUCAGGGGAAUUUGCUGCCAGUUUCAUUAGGGGACUGCAGGUUGUAGCACCUCUGCUAUGGCCUUAUAUCCCAAGAAUUAAGGUUACUGCUUUGGCGAUACGUGAGUGAUAGGUGCGGCGUGUUUCUGGUCUAGUCUGGUGCAGAAUGAUGUAGCUGCCAUUACAUUUUGACUUCUUGAAUUGCAGUUCCAUCCAUCUUCUUGACCCAAGGCAUAGUGCAAGUCCAAGGCCCAGUGGUUUGGGGAUUUUUGUUUUUUUAAGUUAAGUAAGGGAAGCUCUGAAUGUUCUGGCAUGUCAAUGAUUUUUUUACAGUCCAUGGUGUGUACUAACAAUCUGCCAUCAUGGUGUCUGUGUAGUAUAUUUGAGCCACCAAACUAACAUAUAUGGCAUUAAAGAUUUUUUGAUGUUGGACAAAAUGCUGUUUGCCAAUGUUAGCAGGACUUCCUUUGGUUACAUACCAUCUUAGUGUGUCUGCAGGCUCGGCGAUCAAUCAAACACACAUGUCAACAAGCCAAAAGCAUAUUUCUGAUGUAUCUCCAAAGAUCUCGCUGUUACUCUACGCCUCAGUCCACACAUCAGCUACUCUGCUGUUUGAUCACUGAAGGGUGUUGGGCAGCAUUCACACAAUCACACCAUCUAAAACAUCCGCAUUUGCACGCCCGUUGAAUUCCAGACAUUAAAUCUUUUAGCAUUUAUCAGACUGAAGUGUAAUGAUCACCAGCUCAGGGGGAUCUGUCUGACUUUUCAUGUAUAUCACACAUGCUGCUGCCUGCAGAAAAGACAUGUCUGGUCAGGAAUGAAGAUCCAGCCUGAUGUCUGCCAUAUAUGUUCACUUCCCCCAGUGGAGCCCACUGCUUUACUUACAGCCCCUCAGGCAGGGACAGACUGUUGUUCAAACAGAGCUGCUGAGCAGAAUACAGCACAAUCAGCUCCCCAGUGCUGCUCACUUUGAUGAAUGAGCAGAGGUGUGAAGUAUAGAUUACCAUUUCUGUUGUCGUGUGGAAUUUGAAUGUAUGCAUUUCCCUGCUGAGCUUUCUACUGCAUGUGUUUGCACUGUAUGCUUCAGUUUCUGUCUGUAAGGGCGUGCAGGUUUGUUUGAUCAAUAUGUUUUAUAUUCUGUCACAUACACGUGCUCUCCAGAGGUGAAUAUUAACGAUGCAUAAAUCCCAUCUUUCUGCUGUUUCUGUGUAAAGCACUUAAUGUCCGCACAGCUGCUGCAUUUAACACCAAUGAGCUGUCUGUAAGUCGUGCACAAAGCUACAAGGUUUACCAGGUGUCUUAAAGGCCCACUCCGAUAAAAAUCAUGUUUUUCUUGUCGUCUUUAUGUUUAUAUGGCAUUUUUCUGGUGCUACAGGACAUAUCAUGAGAAUUAAAAGUGCAAAAUUCUUUCAUUUCUGAGUAUUUCUGCAUUCAAAUUGCUGUAAAUCUCUCACAGAUGCAAACGGCAGGUUCAGAUUCAGUGAAAUUUCCUACAUAGCAAAUCCAAGCUCCGCCACCGGAGCCCACACUCGGAAAAGUAGAGAGGAUGAUCGCGGAACAAGUGUGUGCGCUAGUGAAUUGCAAUGCUCGUAAGAAAGCUAAUAAUGAUAUCAACUUUCAUCAUGUCCCUAAAGACAUUAAUGUCCGAAGGCUGAAAAGCUCCUAUGUUACCUGCCACCUCUACUACACUGGCAAUGUUAGACUGCAAGCUAGCUAGCGUGUGCAGAGCAGUGCUGUCACCGCCCACGACUCAGAGGCGAAUUGUUAAUGAGCUACUGGAACUCUGCUGAAGAAAAGCCCUUAAAAAUGACACAGGUAAUGUCAUUUUGGCUAAAAACUUUGACACUUUAAAGACCACUGAGAACACUUUGAGUUGUAAAAAAAAAACAGAUUGAAGUGGGACUUUAAAGUAAACUUAACCAAAGUAGAGCUAAGAGAGGGAAUUUCUUGAAUUAACUGAAGAUAAAAAAAAAAUCACCCAGAAAAACAACAUUGUCCAAGACACCUACCUCAUUCGUUGGUUAUUUGGUACGUAUUUGCAGCUUACACCUUCACAUCUCUAUCUAGGUGAUGAUUGGUUUCAUGGAUGUGCUGCUGCUGCUCCUGAAAUCAGUACACAAAGCUGCAGACACAUGAGAGAUGAUGGUGCACUUAUUGAUCGACCUUUCUUGCAAAGGUUGUCACAUUUAUCGUAGCAACUAAUUGUUGAAGAUGAUGUCUUCAUUUCUAAUUCCACCAUUGAGCCAACACAAUACUUAAAAACGUAACAAAUUCACACAGUUACCUUACACGUCAUCAUCAGUUUCUUAUAAUGUAACUGAAAUUUCUUUGAGGAAGACAUUGCCUUGUCAAAAAGUGUUUGUGAUGCUUUUAUUUUGCUACUUUUGUGUUUCAAAUUUAGGUUGGUGCAUGGUUAAGAUAUGCUUUUAUUUUGAAGCACACUACUUAUGGUAGAUUGUGAGCUAUAAAACCAAAGGAAAACAAUUAAAAGAGUGGUCAGAAAGUAUGGACAUUCAAUUGGUCUGCAUGGGUUACAGUGGUUGAAAAGUUAAAUUUCACAGAGAAACACAAAGAGUCAUGAACAUGCACAGAUUGCACAAUGACCCACACAAGAUGAUGGAUUUUGGGAGAAUUUUUAAGUGAAAAUCAUGCACAAGAAUUAUAAAGAAACAUCAGCACAGACAAAAGAAGAAAAGGAAAUUGACACUGCAAAGACACUGAGAAGGGUACUGAGGAUCUAUUUCUCCUCAUGAUGAUCUGGCAUUGUUAAAAUAACUGGAUGUUGCUCAUCUCUCUUGAUCCAUUUAAUUGCUCUCUUUUCUAGAAGAGGAGAUAAGAAGAUUUAAUAUCUAAUCCGCUGUAGGGGGGCCACCAACAUGGAUUUUUCUAAUAACAGUGUGUUCAGUAGACCAGCUAUGCAGCCAAAUCAUAACCCUUUAGUCAAGAACACCAUCAUUUUAUCAGACCGUCCUGCGCAAUGACUACAAAUGGACAUGCAGAAAAAGACGCUCUCCCCAAGUCUCCGUUUAGUUUGAUUUCCAGUGGUAUUUUUCUCUGAUUAUGGUGGGGUUUUUUUUAAGUACAUGUAAUGCUGCAGUUACCAAACUCCCAUGUCUUACUUUAACCCUGUCAUCCUCUGUGCAGGAGUGUGCCUGGUGCUGGGUUGCAUGAUCUUCCCCGACGGGUGGGAUGCCGAGGUGAUCCGGGAUAUGUGCGGGGAGCAGACGGGGAAAUACUCCCUGGGGGAUUGCUCCGUCCGCUGGGCCUAUAUGCUGGCCAUCAUGGGCAUCCUGGACGCCCUCAUCCUCUCUUUUCUGGCCUUUGUCCUGGGCAACCGGCAGACAGACUUCUACCUUGAUGAUUUGCAGACGGACAACAAAGGUCAGAUUUGGCACCCCUGUGCACAAAGUAACGUCUUUAUAAUUGUAUUAUACACGUGUAAGAGUUUCCUCAGACACCAACCUUUUUUUACUGUCUUUUAUCAGUGAAAUAUAUCACUUAUUGUGAGUCUGGCUCCUCCCCACUCCCAAAGGUUUCAGACCUUACAAAUCACAACAGAGAUCAUUUCUAAUAAUAAGAUCUAUGCCAGUUAGAACAACUUGAGACCUACUUCCCUUCAACCUGCACAAGUGGAGUGCAAGGCCUCUAAUCUAGUCAUGGCAGGGAGAGCAGCAGCAAAGACCCUUAGGGUGCAGAACAGAGCAUCAGUGACAAUGCAUAUGACGCCGUUUAAGUUGGACAAAGCUCUAAAUAAAGAAGUUGGGUGGAUGUAGUUUGCAAAACAGCAGUUUCUUACUUAUCCCAAACCCACAGGGAGACACAGCAGUCAGGUAACUCAAGGAGAAAAAUUUCAAAACUUGAACAAGCCACUAGUCACAAAACACUAAAUUUAAGUGUGUGCACUUAAUCAAGGUACUGUGUUUUUGAAAAAAGUGCAAAUGAAUUCUUCACCAAACACAAGGAUAUGUAAUGUUAAGUGACUGAAAAUACCUUUACUUUGACAUCAAUGUGUAGCCAUAAUGAUGCCAUAUUCUUAAGUCAAUAAAGCCAUAAUAACCUGAAAGUCCAAAAAUGUCUUUUUUUAAGAUUGAAAUCUGCCAAUGGAAUAAAAAAAACAUACUUUUUAUAUGUUGGUUGUUUUUUUUUUUUUAAAGGGAUAAUGAAUUUGAGCAUUCUAGUCUUCUUCAGAUUCCUUUUUUUUAACUUAUUACAGCAAGUUCAGUUUAUAUUUUUGGUGUUUAAUAUCUUGAAAGAAGAAAUUUUCUGGACUAGUCAGGCUAAAUAUGGCUCAAAUUAUGAUUCAAAGCAAUGUUUAAAACAUAUAAGGUGAUUUUACUUAAAUUAAAGUUUUUGCAACAUAAAACAUAAAAGUAGGUAAAUCCUGCAAUAUUAGACCCAUAAACCGAGACAUUUAACAUGCCUGUAGGCACAAUUGGAUGAAUACAUGCAAAAGACAAAUGAGCCAGGGACAGUGCAUGUUUUGAACUUGGUUUUAGAGGAGGGUUUAACAAUAACCUGGUUGUUUCUCCUGUAUCUUUGUAUGCAUGCAUCGGUCAAUCAAAAAUCAGCAUAUCUGGUGGCAGCUUCAUCCAGUAUAGAUUCACAUGCUCAGCCCUCAGAAUCUGGUUUAAACAGCCUCUUUCUCCUCCAUCCCUAAUAUUUUAGGACUCACACUGUGAGGCUAAUAACACGAGGAGUUGAGAAAUGACUACACUGCAACCUGACCUCGGUAACUCCAGCCAAAUUGCUUUCAGUGCUGUUUUCAGGAGUGGGAGAGAGAGUCCUCGGAGGGUUCCUGCCUGUUUGCAUGAUGUUGCAUCAGGACACUUGAACUGCAUUGUUUCAGCUGCAUGAAAAGAGAGGAAGAGGAGGAGAGGAAUGAAAGAGGAAGAGGCAGGAGUGGAGGAUACAAUGCAGGAGGAUAAAAGGUCUCCUUACAUGAGGAUUACACGUUUGAUUUGACUCUAUGAAGCAAACGUACGUGAGGAAAACAAAAGAGGGCAGAGUGAGAAGAGAAAGAGAGAGAUCUGUGACAGAAGAUAAUAAUAGACUGAGAGAUAAACAGAGAGAGAGAGAGAGGGAGUCAUGGAGUAAAGGAUAGAGGAGGAGUGAGAGAUGAAGAGAGAGAGAAUAGUGACAUAAGAUGUCUCGGUUCUCCGACGGUCUAUCUCCAUGAUGGUUUCCAUGGUAACUGGAGAUAUUCCAGAGCGUGGGCGUGUCUUUCUGUUCUGAUCUGAUUAACCUCACUGACAGUCUUAGUGAUUUUACACAUUUUUUUGCAUCCAAUGCUUCAUCAGCUGGCUGAAGUUUCUGUUUUUAGCUCACGGCACAGAAAUUCUUCUUUUUUCUUCUUCUGUACAUCAACCGUUACAACCAAAUGUUUGUGUUUGUGCUGGUUUGUCACACCGGCAGAUAAUCAGACUGAAUGUGAAGUCCUUUUAGGGCCUCAAGUCAAAGUUUUUAUCCUCGGUUUUAGAGAAGCAUUCAUGUCGUAUUUCAUGCAAAAUUUCACUAUUUAAAGCAACAAACAAACACAAAACAAUAUCGUGGUUGUAGAAAUAAUAUUGAUGAAGUUUAAUAUUUAGAAUUAACUUGUGUUGACAUUAAAAGCUCUUUAUUAGUGUUGUUUUAUCGUAUUUUUAUUAACACUCUCUCUGUUUUUGUCCUUGCAGAUUUUGCUGUGUCAAGGGUAAGUUGCCUUUGUUUCGUACAUUUUAUCAACAUUAUAUCUGCGUGUAUGUGUAUCUGUAAAGCCUCAUUAACUCCCAGUACAGCAAAGUCAUCAGCUUCUUUAGUUUGACCUUUUUUAUGGAUCAUUUAUUCCUGCAGGUCAGUAAUACCUAUGGACAGACUCUAAUGUUAGCUGUACCAGAGGACUCAAUUCAACUAUUUCAACUACCUGGGGAACCAACUUUUCCAGGAUUAGCAUAAAGUUUGUGACUGACAAAUGCUCUAAAAGCAUCUUCCCCUUGUAACGUUAUAUUCUUUUAAAUUAAAGGGGCAAUAACACCAGCUGUUAAUCCUUAUAAGCAACUGAAAACGUGUUUGAAAAAAGCUCCCAAACUGCCUCUGGUUUGGCAAAAAGCCAACUAUGAAUAACAAUUUCAGGUUAACAUAUUUUUGGAGAUCACCGAUCAGAUUCCAGGGGGCACGACGCCACCCUUGGACACACACCUGCAAAGUACACAAAGUGCUUUGAUGGGUUUUCUUCUCUAUUCAAACACAAAAACAGCAAAAAUGUUUUUUUUUUUUUUUAUGAACAAAAACUCUGCAAGCUGAGUUCACCCUGUUGGCUUUUUUCCAUUUUUGCUUCAGAGCCUUUGAAAUUCUCUUUUAAUGAGUAAAAUAAGAGUCCCUAUGUUGUUGUUUUCUCCAGAUUGAGGUGCGGGACAGGCGAGAGCCAAGGUACGGCGUGCAGCGUCUCCACUGAGGGCCCCGACGGCCCCGGACAACUUCUUUGUUUCUCUUCUCUCUUUCUCUUUCAUGCAUAUUUCUUUCUCUUUCUUCUCUUCUUCUCUUCUCUCCAAUGAUCAGGAUAUCACCCAAACUUAAUGCAGACACCAAGUGUACAGGAUUCUGUAAGAUAAAAAAAACAACAACAAACACACUGGGAUACACUAUAUUUUGAAAGAAAAAAAACAAUAUACAAGGUUGUACAGUGCAUUUAAGAGUUGACUUUCUCAGCAAAUACCUUCAUGAGGGAGAAAAAAAAAACAUUUUGCUGUAUUAAUGUCUUGAUUUGUGUGAGAAAUUUAAUCCUCCAGAUGAAGAACCAUAAUGUCCAUCUAUGAUUUUAUGAGGCUUUCUUUAAGACUGUGCUGUUUGAUGACUUUGAGUUUGUGUAAUGUGUACAUUCAUGACUUCAGAGAAAGAUACUUCCUGUAUCGUGACAGAGUCGAAGCGGCAAUACAGCAGCGAGUACAUUGUUAAACAUUUAACACUCUUCAACAGGGACUUGUAUGGCUCUUCAUCUAAGGACUUUCAGAUGCGAGGAAUUUAAAGGAGUAUCCCAUUGCAGCUUUACAGAACCUAACAUCUCUGGGAGAUUCUCUACUGUACAUACUUACCCGUGUAAAUAGCAUUACUGCUGACAGAAACAGCCGACAACAAAACCUCAUCUGACUCUAAUGCAUUCGAGUAUUUUUUACCCUCAGUUCCUUGUGCCAGAAGGGCAGCAGAGUACGAGCAGAUUCACCGUGUUUCUAUGAGUCCUCACCACUGAUUUUAAGUGACACGAAAGAUGGGAAUACCAGGAUAUCUUAGCUGGAUAUUCCACCAAAAAUUAGAGGACCUUAAGUCAAAGUAACUGUGUUUUGUCACAGUUUUGUGGCGCCAAUUCAGACGCUCCCUGUGCAUUAACAAGGCCUCAAAACCAGAUCCUUAUGGUAGAAUUUUUAAACUGAGAUGCAGCUGUCCAAGUCAAGUUCAGAAAUCUUCUUGGUUAUUAUUAUUAUUUAUGUCCGAGUUUGCUUCUUUCUCCAAGUGUGCAGUUUACUCCAGUUUAUGGCUCCAGCAUACAGUGAUCAGUUUACUCUACAGAUGUCUUAAGACUGUGUGAAUACGGCUGUUCAAGUCGGCCUUCUCUCAGAGGGAAGCCCCAAGUGCUGCAUUGUCUCUAGGUGAUGUCACAUAAAUGCCUCUUUCAAUAAGCAAUGCUGCUUUUAUUAGUAGUGAUAGGCGCAGGACAGAUCACAGCAGAUAAUCCCCCAAAACUGACAGAAAAAAAGUCCUGAGGAGAGCUGGACCAGACCCAAAUGUUGCCUCUCUAACACAAGUCUUAGCCCGCGGGAUAAACUGUGACUUGGUGGCCUAAUCCAAGAACACAAAAGUCUGUUUUCUUUGAUUUCAAAAACCUUUUUACAAGGUCGCAGUUUAGAGAUCGGAUCAUGUCCAUUAUGGCCAUCUGCAAAGUGGUCCAGAAGGCUAUACCUGCGUGGAGCCACUUUGUGCCACACAAUGACAGUGAUGAAAGAUACAACGUAGAUGCAAACGCCAACAUGUCUGAAAAACAAAGUGUUUCAAAUAAAGAUUAGCCACUUUGUUUAUUUAGCUAAGAACAGGCUAAGGGAUGACUUCUCUUGCAUUGCAUUCGCAAGUUGUUAGAUUGCAUGUGACACCAAAAUUGUAUUCGAUUCCAUAAUUUGCGCUGUUCCCUUUUUUUGUAUUACGCUUGGACAGAUUUUUGAAUUUCAUCUGCUGCAGCUUGCUUUAACCCUCACAAAGUUAAAACUCCCUAAACAGAUUAUUUCUGACUUUGGAGCAAUGCACAACCCAUCUGUGAGGAUUCAAAACUCACAACCGAGACCAUAGAUUCCUUAGAAUAGUCUGUACUCACUAAGAAGAGUUGGUUUAUUUCCUGCAGACAUCAGUCUCCAUAAUUAGUGGAGUCGCCCUCUGCUGACUGACAGACAAACUACAGUAUAACAUGAAACUGCACGCACUUUGUACAUACGGUCUCAGACGUUUAUCCCCAUGCUAACACAACCAAAUGCCCAGAAGUCAUUCUGAUCACACAACCUAAAUGUGACCCAGAGGUAUGUGUUCAUCUGAUUGUUGUCAUCACUGUCAAACAACAACUAUUUUUCACUUUGCAGUGUUAACGUGAUAUGCCACCAAUAUCACCUGAAUAGAUGUUGCUACAGAUAAAUGACGCAUCUUGUAGCACCAAAAUUCAGAUGUAGAGUCACCUCUAGUAUCAAUUAUUGAUGACACAAUAUGACUGUGACACACCGACGUACUCCUAAACACAGAUAUGGCCUUCAAAGUUACAUGUCAGCAUCAAUGGCACUGAAUACGAUGAUAUCAGUAACAUUGACUGAAGUCUGAAUCCAACAUGUGACAAGCUGUGUUUGCACCAUGGGGCUCUUAUCCCUCUCAGAGCAGCACUUCAGGCUGACGUACAGUAAUGAGCCUCCCAAUGGCAUUAAGGCUGGGCUGAUCUGUCAUGGGAAUUUUUGUAAAAAAGCACAUGUCUAAUUGUUAAAGGCAUGUCUAUUUGUGGGAAAGGUGUAAUCAUACUGGAAACAAAAAUGGGAUGUGACUGGAUCCAUUUCCCUGAGCAAUUUAAAUCAGGCAGGUUGAUCUGCUUCCUUUCGGAUUUGCCUGAGAGGAAACUUGACGAUGAAAGAUACAGUUGUGUUUUACUGUUAUAUUCAGUGAAAAUGUAAUUCAUGAGGUUGUUUGUUGGGGAUGUGCUAUUAAUGCAUUCUUUGGGAAACAUAUGUAAGAUUUCACCCUUAAGAAAAACUCUGUUUAUGUUCCAGUAUUUACAACAGUGAGAACUCUAAAAUAAGAACAGGAUCUUAUAUAUCAAACUGGGUAAUGGGUUAACAUCAUAGACUGUAUAAAAAAGUUGGCUCAUUGGUUUGUGAGUUACUAAUUUGGUUGCUGCCAUGCCAUUUUGUUUCCAGCCAGAAGAGGGUGGAGCUGGAAAGGAGGGAGAGGCUUGAUUUAUGACAAUAAAUCAAAGUAAUCUAUCUGGUCACUCGGUCAUGCAAGUCAUAAAAAAUGUCUUCAUCUAUUGGAUAAUGGCACUCCUCAGACUGAUGCUGCUUUAUUUUCUAUUUCCCUUUAAGUGCAGCCCUGUCUAAGAAAUGUUAACAUCAUUAUAAGGAUACACUAAAAUAUAGGUUUUGUACUUAACUCUUUAAGUCUUGCAAAGCUGAUCAUUUUACCUUAAAUUUUCCCCCAUAAGACAAAAUUACCACAUCAUGGGCCUUCAGGUGCCCCGUAGCAUUAAAAUUCAAACUCACCGGCUCUGAAAUUUGAAUUAAAGUACCAAGUGAGAAUAAGGCUGAUUUUCUUGCAGUGUAACAUACUGAAUAUUGACUGUAUGUAUAAUGGACAACGUGCCUUCAUUUAAAACAGUUCAUUUCAGUUAAAAUAGCUGAACUUUUGAGCUGCAGUAUCGCUGUUUGAUCACAACCAAUCAGAAUCAAGAAGGGGCGGGACUUCUGAUAAUGUCAUAGUCAGCAUCUAUGUCAGUGAUUCUAGUUUUUCUUUGUAAACUGAAGUGUGUGGAGUUUUUAAACAGACCUAAUGUGGAACAAAAGUGCCAACAGACAACUUGGAUUAUAUAGCAACAGUAAAUGCGUGUGAAGAGUGCUCAGAAGUUUAAGGUUGUGGGUGCAGCCAGACGACAGAAAGGCCUUUGUGGACACGAAGGGACAUGAGAAGAAAUACAGUUAUCUCAAAUUCAUGUCCCUUUGACAUGAAUUUGAGAUAUUUCUGCAAUGACGGAGUCCAUCUUUUAUAUACAGUCUAUGAUAACCGCGUAUAUUCUUCCCUACUUUCAGUCUGGUAUUUGCUCAGUAGAGAAUUUUGUCCUGGUUAGUGAUGCAUCUCUUUGAUAACCAUCUUAUGAGCAGAUAGCUAGAUGUGCAGUGUAUUUUUCAGAUUGGUAGCUAGCUAACUCUCAGGAAGCUGUGCACACAGUACUGUAUUAAAGGCUCACUAUGGAAAUGAUCAACAAACACAAACAAAUUGACAUGCCACUUAGCUUAAAGCCAAUGCUUCUGUGUUGUGGUCAUCACCCCAAUGACCCAUGACUCCACAGCAUCUCCUGUGUGUAAAAAAGUAUCAAGUGAAAGCAGACUCUGGUUUUCCAAGCUGGGCCUUUAAGACAAUAUAAAAACAGCCCUUAUGCUGAAUCAAACGAUGCUGUCCAUGCAGGCUCUGCAUGAACCUUGGCCUACAUCUAUUUACCAUCGUAGAUCAGGAGCGCUGGGCCCUCAUUAGGAGAAGUUUCUUCACUUUAACCUUGAAUUAACUGUGCAGGCAUAUAAAACUAUGUUAGGAAGUACUGAAAUGCUAUCUACUGACCUCACCCAUUUGGUAUUGCAAGACUUCUUUGCUUUUGAUAUGAACAUGGUCAAGUGAGAACAUAAGCGCACUUGCUGGGAUAUCAGCAUGGUGAGUUUUUAACCUAACGGUACAAAUGGCGUUUCUGUCUCUCAUAUAGUAUAUAUUGUGAUUUCAACAUCGAUAGCUUGCAUCUCUCAUUUUGGGAUACUUUCAUGGGCCUAGGACAUGAUUUAUGUCAAAUCUACAAAAAAAAAAAAAAAAAAAAAAAGCCCUGAGACCCACAGAAGUGGCCACAACAGGCCUCCGAGGAUCAUUACCUGUGUGAUCACUGGCCUGGUCUCCUCUCCGGGUUCCUGAGGACUUGACGAUAAACUGAACAAUACCUUAACAAGGAACUGACGAUACCUUAACCCUGAUGAGCACAUAUUUGUACCACUCCAGGUGCCUCUAAGAACUCUUGAUUUCUUUCAGAUGUGGUGCAGAACCAGCAAAACAAGUAGUGACACAGUAGUUUUUUCUACCGAAGACUACAUACUCUGACUGAGCUCUAAAGCUAGAUGGGUUUUUAUCUGCAGAUAUGAGGUCAAUUCAGUUUCGAGUUUCAAGAUUUAAACAUAUUUAGGAAUAUUUUGUUCUCAAUUAUAGAGCUUGAUUCCUACAAACAGACCGUUUGACAUGUAGAAGUUGAAUUUAAUUUUUCUUUAUUUCAAGUUUGUGAUCAGACUCCCAAACUGAAUUCACCUCAGUGCUUAAUAAUCUCAAAAAGAAAAGACUGAAAAAUAAAUAAAAAGGACAAAGAGACGGUGAGAAGUCAUUUCAAAUCUCUUGCAGCAUACAAACAGUUUGCUGACUGUGUAAAUGCCAUUGAUCUGUCGAUGAUUUCAUCAUACUUUUUAUCAUGCAAUAUCAUGUAUAAAGACAUAAUGUUGGGGGUGGGACGGGUCGGGGCAAAGAGGAAUAAUGUCCAGUGAGUUAUGUUAUAUUAAUAUUUGACUUUUUGUCAUCUCCUGAAAUGCAGAUGUUGCCAAAUUACCAUUGAUUAUCAUGUAUUACCAUGAAAAAAAGAGAAAUAUCAAGUUUUUGUUCUGUAGAAGAAAAGAAUGAAUUACUGAUUUGUCAAGUAUUUCUGAUGAGAUCUUUGUUUUGUUUUUUUGUGUUCAAUACAAAAUCUUUCCUUUUUUGUUCUGGUUUACUUUCUCUGUAUCUUUUGGUAUGAUGUAUGAUGAUUGUUGUUCUGUCACAUCAGAUUUAACAUCUCAGAUUUAUCCUUGACUCUAUAAUGGAUGACUAUUUGUUGAAAUGUCAACACCCCAAAAAUGUACAAAAGUCUAUUCAUAAAAGUCGCUUGAUUUGUGGACAAGUGGGCUGAGUCUGAAAGAGGCUUGUCGCUUUUCAUGAAUUAUGACGACAUGCUGAGUUUUGAUUUGAAAAUUAUGUCUAAUUAAUUCCUAUUUGUGAAUAGUAUUCCAACUCACCAUGAUAAAAAUUUCUGUUAUUGACACACAUUUUGAGAAGGUCGAAUAAAGAUAUUUUACAUUCAAAAAC